GGCUGCCGAUUUUCACUUGCGUUUCAGUUCAGUCUCAAAGCGGUGCAGUCAGCAGCAGUAACGUGGAACCAAUUCGGAAAUAUAUUCGAACUUGCAAUAGAUAUAAAAUUAAAGUGUUGUGUGCAUACGUAAAAGAGACAGCCGCACAAUGAUGACAAACCGAUGUGCUUGCUUCGCCUUGGCGUUCCUGCUCUUCUGCUUUUUGGCCAUCUCGAGCAUCGAGGCAGCUCCAAUGCCCAGGUACCAAUCCAAUGGCGGCGGAUACGGCGCUGGCUAUAACGAGCUGGAGGAGGUGCCCGACGACCUGCUCAUGGAGCUGAUGACUCGCUUUGGACGCACCAUCAUACGGGCUCGAAACGACCUGGAGAACUCCAAGCGAACCGUGGACUUUGGCUUGGCCCGGGGUUACUCGGGAACCCAGGAGGCGAAACAUCGCAUGGGUCUGGCUGCGGCCAACUUCGCUGGCGGACCCGGUCGAAGGCGGCGAUCGGAGACCGAUGUCUAAGUCGUCGGCUGGGUGAAUCCGAAUCCUGUGGACGUUAAGGACGAGUGUCAAACUUCUCAACUUAAACUUGACCCAUUCUUUGACUCUUUUUUAGAGCUUUCACUUGCAUUACGUUAGAUCGUUUGUUAUUCAUUGUACAUAUAUAUUUAUUACCGAUCUGUCCUCGUGUAUUCAUCGCAUGUUUCUUAACAAGUGUUUUGCAGUAUUACGGAAAAUAAAUAUUUAACAGAUAUCGAAAUUAUAUAUACCAAAGAAGGCGAUCACCCAAAUAAAAACGUUAAUCUGUUGCUCCGAAAGAAAAUAUUGAACACUAUUUAUGAAAAUUUCUAACUCAGAUUGAACUCAGUUCUAGUUACUCGUCUUAACCCAACAAAAAAGAGAAUUACUUAAGAAGAGAAGGGAGAAAUUUAAAUAAAUAUCUUAAACAUAUAUAUUCAAGUGUAAGCAAAAUCGCGCAAAAAAUCUUUAACUAGGUAUGUCUUACAUAAACAUAAAAGCUACACAUGAGCACACUUUUGGCCCCCAAACGAAGCCAUAAAAACCCCAACGAAACUGAAAGUUUAUUUCAUCAAUAGCCGAACAGUCGCUUGUGACUUUUAAGUAUUGUAAAUAUGAAUUAUUUAAAGCACACGUACAAAAACCGCGAUACAAAUAUACAUAUAUAUAUAUACGGAAUUCUAUUUAAUAAUUAUUGUGUCUAUGGAAAAUGCUGCAAACAUAUAACUUACCGUGAGUCGGGACACGAUUAAAUAAAAGUCUACAUUUUGAGAAACUUCA